UCUGAAGUGUGAGUAGGACUCGGGCACUGGGGAGAAGGUGAGGGAAUAUUCUGAAUGGAGAGAACAUAAGUAGAAAAGCUAGGAGUUAAGAAAGAACAAGGUGCUUCUAAGAAACUAAAGGCAUAAACAGCUGCAUGUGGCUGGAGAGAUCACAGAGACGAGGCUCCCAUGUGAGUCAAGAAAGGCCGGAUCAGGGAAGAUCUUGGAAGCCACAAUAUGGAAUUCGCGUUUACCCCGAGAGCAGUGGGAAUCCUUUGGAGGGCUGACUCAGGAACGUGAUCAGAUUUGCACCGUAGAGAAGUUGCUCUGGCCACAGCAUGGAUGUAGACAUGAGGACAUGAGGGGACAGAAGAAUGGAUGCCGGGAGACCAAUCAGGAGGGUGUCACAGCGCCAGGGAAGGGAGUCAGGUUGGGUGUAGAGCUGGAGCAGCAGGACUGGGCACAAGGAGAUGGAUUUGAGAUAUAUUUAGGAUUUAGGAUUUACUCGAUGACCUUUAGAGUUUGAUGGCUGUGAGGCAGAGGGAGAAUGAAGACUCAAGAGUGAGCCCUCAGUCAGUUGAGCAUCCGACUCCUGAUUUCUGCUCAGGCCAUGAUCUCACAAUGCGUUGGAUCAAGCCCUGCAUCAGGCUGUGCGCUCCCAUGGGAUUCUCUGUCUCUCAGUCUCUCUGCCCCUCCCUCGUGCACUCACUGUCUGUCUGUCUGUCUGUCUCUCUCCUCUGUCAAAAUACAUUAAAAAAAAAUGGGGCCCGAAAGUUUUGGGUUGAAUGCCCAGUGGGUGGUUCAGCCAUCUGCUAAGAUAGAAGGCAUUUGGAGGAAGAAGAGCCUCAGGGGAAGGAGGAUGGGCAGCCCAAGAUCGCCAGUUUAAUUCAGGAGAUGAAUUCUGAUGACCCGGUUGUACAACAGAGAGCUGUCCUAGAGACAGAAAAGAGACUGCUGUUUACAGAGGAAGUCCAAGAGGAGGAUGGAUGCCGGACCACGCUGAACAAGACCAUGAUCAGUCCUCCACAAGCUUCUCCUGAGAAUACAGAUGAAAUAAACUCAGAAGCCUUCUUGGCAUCCGUGGAGUUGGAUGCAAAGGGACGUGCCAGAAGAAGAAGGGAGAACAAAGUCUUAGCAGAUGCCCUAAAACAGAAGGGGAACGAAGCGUUUGCCAGAGGUGACUAUGAAGCGGCCAUCCUGUGCUACAGUGAGGGUUUGGAGAAGCUGAGGGACAUGAAGGUGCUGUACACCAACCGAGCCCAGGCUUAUAUAAAACUCGGGGACUUCCAGAAAGCAGUAGUGGAUUGUGAGUGGGCUCUGAAGUGUGAUGAAAAAUGCACAAAAGCAUAUUUCCAUAUGGGAAAGGCCCAUCUGGCCCUGAAGAACUACAAUGUGUCUAGAGAGUGUUAUCAGAAGAUCUUAGAAAUAAACCCCCAGCUGCAGACCCAAGUGAAAGAAUACCUCAGUCAAGUAAAUCUCCGAGAGAAAGCAGAUCUUCAAGAGAAGGAAGCCCACGAAUUGCUGGAUUCGGGAAAGAACACGGCAGUGACAGUCAAGAAUGUCCUGGAGACUCUCUGCAAGCCUGAUCAGACCCCCUUGUUCUAUGCAGGAGGGAUUGAAAUCCUGACUGAAAUGAUAAAGGAUUGCCCUGAACAGACUUUAUUCAGAACACACAAUGGAUUCAGUGUCAUCGGCGAGAAUGAGGUCAUAAGAAGGUGCUUCUCCACGGCAGGGAAAGAUGCAGUAGAAGAGACGGUCUGUGUGUCCGUCCUCAGACUCUGGCAAGCAGUGUGCGCUGGGAACGAGGAGAACCAGCGCCUGCUGUUGCUGCGCCCCGAGAUGGGCGGCCUGCUGCCCUCCCUGCUGACCUCCCGCGUUCUGGGCCUCCGGAAGCAGAGCCUGGCCCUGCUGCUGCAGCUCGCCAGGACGGAACACGGACGGAGCCUUGUCGUCAGCCACCUUGACCUGACCCGAUUGUUGGAAGCCCUGGUGUCCUUUCUUGAUUUCUCAGAUAAGAAGGCCAACUCUGCUAUGGAACUGCUCACAGACUUGGCUCUGGAAGAAAGAUUCCAAGUCUGGUUCCAGGCCAACCUUCCAGAUGUGCUCCCGGCACUCACAGGUGUUCUGAGGAGAGAACCUACAAUAACCAACACGUCAGCUCUUUGCCAGUGUAUUGCCCUUGUGGGAAACCUUAGUGCUGAGGCUGCCGUCCGAAGACAGAUGUGUGCCUCUGAAGAGUUCGGGGAUGCCUGUCUGGGCCUCAUGGCCAGGUGUGAAGAGGCUGUGGACCUGUUCAGAGACGUCCUGUACACGCUCCUGGGACUUGUGAUGAACUUGUGUCUUCAGUCCCCCUUCAUCUGUGAGGUUUGGGCUGUGGAGGUGAGCAGAAGGUGCAUGUUUCUACUCAACAGCCAGGAUGGAGGGAUCCUGACAAGAGCCGCUGGCGUCCUCAGCCGCACCCUGUCUUCCUCUCGGAAGAUUAUUGAGGAGGCCCUGAGAGCAGGAGUGGUGAAGAAGAUGAUUAAGUUCCUAAAGACGGGAGGCCAGACCGCAUCACGAUAUGCCGUGAAGAUACUAGCUAUCUGCACUAAUAGCCAACACGAAGCACGAGAAGCAGUGAUAAGACUGGAUCAAAAGUUUGGCAUUCUGCUGAGGCUGCUCAGCUCAGAGGAUGAGAUUGUGGUGGCCAACGCUGCCCUCUGCCUGGGGAACUGCAUGGAGGUGCCCCGUGCCGCGUCUUCCCUGCUGAAGACGGACAUUGUGCAGGUGCUGCUAAGGCACGCAGGUGGCGACGCCCAGAAGACAGCCGUGCAGCUGAACGCAGGGAUCGCCCUGGGGAAGCUGUGCACGGCCGAGCCCAGAUUUGUCGCUCAGCUGAGAGAGCUGCACGGGAUAGAGAUUCUCAACUCCACCAUGAAGUACGUGGCUGAUUCUUAAGAUAUGUGACGUCUGUGCACAUUUUCAGCAUCAUGGGACUGUGUGCUAGGGGUGGUUCCUGUGCUAAUAAAGACUGUCUGAAUGGCCACUCCAGAGCUGGGCAUUGUUUUCAGAUGUUUGCCUUCUGGUUCUCACUGAUAAUGGCAGAGUGGGUGUCAGGCCGGCCGCGGUGUUGGAAACCACUCAGCAUCCAUCACACUUUCCUCCUCCUGUCCCUUCCUGCCCUGCAGGGCCUGGACGCCAGCAAACAAAAAGCCACAUUUCCCAGAUCCCCUUGUAAGCAAUGUUUCUAGACAGGAAC